AUGGCUAUAGCAAACGCUCACUCUGAAUUUAUACUUUGUGAUAUAGGAACUAACGGUAGAAUAUCUGAUGGAGAUUACGUUAAGUUUGGAUUUACCUUCAUUGAAGAAGACGAGUUACAAUUGCCUCAGUGUGUGAUAUGUAUGAUAGUUUUAAGUAAUUAUAGCAUGAGGCCCAAUCGCCUUGAAAGGCAUUUUAAGCAACAACACUCUACUCUGGUUUUGAAAACAAAAGAUGGCGCACCUGUAAUGAUAGGUGUUCGAUCGGGCUUAGCUAAGAAGCUCAGAGAAAAAAGUCCCGCAAUGGUUAGUACACAUUGUGUUAUUCAUCGGCAAGCUCUGGCUUCCAAAACGUUGCCACAGGAAGUACGCCAGACUUUGGACUCGGCUAUAAGGAUUGUGAACUCCAUCAAGAGCAGCGCUUUGAACAGUCGAAGCAGGUACGCUGGCUGUCCAAAGCCAACAUGUUGGCUCGCCUAUGAAUUGAAAGGAAAGGUAAUUAUUUUUCUUGAGUUCAUAGAAAAACACGAUUUCUUGACAAUGUUCGAAAAUGACACAUUUCAAUGA